AUGAUACAAGGAGCUCAGACUGACUUCAUCUAUGUAUUUUAUUUAUAAGAUAUUGAUUAUGAUAGAUCUUAAAGAAAUAUAAAAAAAGUAAAAGGUAUUCCUCAAUACAAGAAAUACACAUCCAAUGUAAGAUUGCUAUUCUACUUAAUUGCAGGUAUCAUCGAUGAAUUGACAGGGGAAAACAAACAAGAACAUCACAAUAAAUUUUUCGAAAUCCUGCAAAGUUCUUUAACUACGAUUGGCUCUUUUAAGUUUUUAAUUCUUUGUCACAAACUCAUUUACUAACUCUAGCAAGAAUUUACUAGCAGAUUUAUUUCAAAUAAGCUCAUACCCGGAGAUCAUACUGAUAAGUCCAGAUUGGCUAUUUACUAUUAUAAUUUUUUAUCCAAAUUAUGCGAAAACUUCGAUUACUACAAAGAAGUGAUAGAUUUUAUUGAAACUGAAAAUAUAGUAAAGUUUUUGCAAUAUGAAUUACUUGUUCAAAUCCAAAUACUAUUUCCAUUGGCAUCCCUACUCCAGGAAUUGUCUUAAGUAACUUUUCCAAUUUAUCAGGUUGUCAAAUUACUAGACUACUUACUUUGUAGGGAAUCCCCACUUCUUCUUCAAUUGGGAACUUGCAUUCUGAAAGACUUUUGCGUUAUUUAUAAUUUCCUAUCCGCAGCAAUUCAGGAAUUGCAAAUAUAAAUUUUGAAAGUUCCUUUAAAAGAAGCCAAAGUGCUUUAUCACGUAUAUCAAAUCACCAUCCAAAUGACAAAAUGCAUGAAGAGACUCCAAUAACUCAAACUCUACUCUAAUUUUAAAUAACCACAUUACUUCAUUAUCACCAUUGAAUUGAACAAGAAAAUCGAACUCCACAUGUUAAACUCCAUAAAACUCUCUAACAUUGAAAUUAGUAUAUGA